CAUCAUUCUGCACAACGUGAUCGCGUGAACAUUCGCGACGGAGUGGUCGGCUUUUAGCACACAUCAAUUUCUUCUUUACACAUUGAGGCCCAAGUGAACCGCGAAGUGGCGGCGAUUGUCAACAGCAUUUUCCACUUCAUUCUUCUCAGAUAACAGACACAACACCAUCGCCAUGUCGCUCUCUGCGCCGGGCGGGCCGAUCAACCCCGAUUACACGGAAAACUUCGAGGAUAUUGAGAAGCAAUUCGCGGUGAAAGUCGUCGAGCACAUGGAGAUUUACUGGUCGCUACUCGAAAACUUCCAAGGAUCGAAACUCAAAUUGACCAAAUAUGACGACGAGAUCCUCGAGCAUUUCCAGCGAGAGUUCCCCGACUUCGAUCUCAAGGCCACCAUCAAUGAGAACGACAUGAAGAGCAAAGAGGGCAAGGAGCACUGGCGCAAAUUCAUCAUGGCGUAUGAGAAGCGCAUCGAGGACUACAACUUUGGCGCCAUGAUCCGGGCCAACGCAGCGACGGAGUAUGGUCAAGAUGAGGUCAUCUUUGCUGUGCGCAUGCAAUUCUACGCCAUCGAAAUUGCACGAAACCGCGCCGGUCUGAACGAUUGGGUAUUUGAGAAGAAGCAUGGCAAGCAGGCGUCAAGUUGAAGGCGGGUGCGUGAAUUGAUGACGCUGAUGGACCCAUGGAUGCUGGCGUCUGGCGCCGAGGGCGG